AUGUCCAAGAAAGACCAGCUCUAUGACAAGUGCGCCGAGCGCCCGCCCGAAACCAUCUUCUACCAGGAGGACCUGUCGCUGUUCAAUAUUGCCAAGGAUGUCGAGGAGCUGGCUGGUAUCUGCCAGGAGCUCGUCGACGCCCACCUGUUCGAGCUGCUGGAAAUGGGCCACCACAGCUGGGACCGCGUGCUAUGUUGGAGGCUGCGCUCCCGCGAAGAUGCCACAAAGCUUCGUGGCAUGGACCCGAACGAGCGCCUGGUCUACUCGCACAUCUCGUCGGCCGACAACCAGGGCAUGUGGACGCGCACCAUCAAGGCCAAGACAAACUUCCACCAGACCGUCAUCAACAAGGCCCUGAAGUCGCUCGAGGGCAAGCGUCUGGUCAAGUCCAUCACCUCGGUGAAGCAUCCGGGCCGCAAGAUCUACAUGCUGGCCCACCUCACGCCCUCUGAGGAUGUCAGCGGUGGCCCUUGGCACACCGAUGGCGAGCUGGACAUCGAGCUCAUCGAGCAAAUAUCGGACGUCAUCCUCGACUUCGUGGAGCGGGAAAGUUGGGUCGAGCAAAAGCCCCACCACGUCUCCAAAGCCGACAUCAGGAGGAAGAAGGAGCAAGCCCAGCGCGGCGCCCACAGCGCCGUCCCCGAGGCUCCCAAAUACCGCCCCGCUCUUGGCCGCAACGGCGGUCUCUUGCUCCCCCACUCGCCCGGCUACCGCAACUACCCGACCGCUUCUUCCAUCCUCGAGUUCAUCGAGAAGUCCGGCGUCAUCGAGGGCGUCGUCAUCCGCGAGAUGGAUCUGCGCUCUCUGCUCGACAACAUGGUCUUUGACGGCAAGAUCGAGCGGAUGGGUGCCAUGGGAUACCGCAGCGUACGCGGCGCCAUGGAGGCUGCCAACGACGCCGAGCUGGCCCAGGGUUACGGCAAUGGCCUGUCGCAGGCACCCUGCGGCCGCUGCCCUGUUUUCAAUCUGUGCGAAGAGGGCGGCCCCGUCAGUGCCAGCAACUGCGAGUACUUUGAGGAGUGGCUCAAGGCGACUUCGUAG